CCCAUGAGGCAGCACGUCACAUGCUUCUGGGGCAUUUAAACUUUAAAGGGUCCAACGAGGCAGCUGGGUGUGUCCACAUGCGGGCUCAUGAUCUGAAGGCAUCCAACCCCAGCUUCUAAGAGAGAAGACGCUGCAGGACGUACAAACGUUUCUUCCACAGCUUGGUUUGCCGUUUUUCAAGCGAUGGGGGCUUUCAUUGCCAAGAUGCUGCUGCCCACCUUCAGCAGUCUGGUAUUUCUUCCUACGGCCAGUGUUGCCGCCAAGAGAGGCUUCCACAUGGAGGCCAUGGUUUACUUCUUCGCCAUGUUCUUCAUCGCGGUUUACCACGCUUGUGACGGCCCAGGCCUUUCCAUCCUGUGCUUCAUGAGAUACGACAUCCUGGAGUACUUUAGCGUGUACAGCACUGCGCUCUCCAUGUGGGUCACUCUCAUAGCUCUUGGUGACUUCGAUGAACCCCAGCGCUCCACUUUAACCAUGUUUGGCGUGUUGACCAUUGCUGUGAGAAUCUACCAGGACCGCUGGGGCUACGGGAUCUACUCUGGCCCCAUUGGAUCUGCCGUUUUCAUCAUCACCGUUAAAUGGCUGCAGAAGAUGAAGCAGCUGCGGGCCGUGUAUCCAGAGAGGACGGUGUACACGCAGCAGGUCGGUCCCGGCUGCUGCUUCGGUGCUCUCGCUCUGAUGCUGCGUUUCUACUUUGAGGAAUGGGACUACGCCUACGUCCACAGCUUCUACCACCUGUCUCUGGCCGUGUCUUUUGUGCUGCUGCUGCCGAAGAAGAACCGCUACGCCGGCUCAGGACAGAACGCAGCCAAGCUCAGCUGCUUCACUCUGUGCUGCUGUUCGAUGGUGCCUGUUUCCUCGGAGAAGAAGACAGAGAAGCAAAAGAGGAAGAAGUCAUCUCAGACGGUCUGGACGGUCCCCACCAAGAAACCCUGGAGCGGGGGAUGUAGCUCCUCCACUCUGCCCCUUUACACCCCCCCACCCUCCACUCCUGUCAAAGGGACCAGCAUCAGCAAACUCAAGGAGAUGAACGGCUGGAAGUGACGCAACGACUUAGCAGGACUUUGUUCACAGGAAACCUUCAGUGCAGAGGAAAUAAACUUGUCUGUGGCUGGUAAGUUAAUCUACUUGGACAGGCAGCCAGAAGCCAUGUGGACAGUCCUUUCAACCAUAAAAACUCAUUUCUGCUGCUGGAAUAUUUAAGGCCAUCAGAGACUCAUCCACAGCCGCGGCAACCAUCAGAUGAAGAGCAAAUCCCUGGUGGAGAUGAGAUCUUAAGGUGGAUUAGGCCUCUGGUGCCCUCGAAGACCCGACGUUAGCAGCUGUGUGAAGCGCUGUAGCAAAGCUGAAGACCGCAGAACACACACAACUCGAACACGAGACGGCAGCUGAGACAAGACAGUAAAACUGACUGGAAGAUUCAUGAGAAAAGCAAACAGGCAGACGGUUUUUUUCUCUCCAAAAUAUAUAAAUUGUCUUUGGAGAUGUUCCUCUGGGGAGAACCUUCGUCUGCUUCCCUCUUCUUUUUCUCUUCCUUCUCUUUCCAUCUCUGAGAGAAGUCAUCCACACGUGUUAAAGAAUUAUUAGCCUGUAAAGCACCUUUCACUGUUUUAUGUGUCCUGGAGGUGCCAGAUGUGUCAUGUGGAGCAUCAGACGCUGGAAAGCUGCAGCCCAGACAUCAGACAGACUGAGUACGGAGCAGGUGGACUCCUGUCUGUUAACCCAUUAUCUGCUCUGCAACCAAAUAUUUGGUGAGCACAGGUACUGUGAAGCUGUCAGUGAGCAUUCAACACACACCACAGCUGCAUAAUCUAAUCCAGCUGCUGCAACAACAGUUAAUGCCCUAGCAACCACUGCUCUUACGGGCGGAUAGGGGAUGUCUCUAUCCACCUGUACAGGGCACGCAGGUGGCCUGCAGGAAAUAUCAAACAAUGGGAUAAAAAAGUUUCGUGCACAGUUUUUUCUUCUGCAAGCGACAGAUCACAAUGAACCUCAUAGAACACAUGUUGGGAAGUAAGGAUAAAUAGACGCAUGCGUAUUGUACGUAUUUGUCAUUUUUUUCAACCCCCUCAAAGCAUGUUAGUGCUGUUCAAGUGAAAAGUGAGUACUCCUUGCGCCUCCCUUGCACGCAGCCUGGCUUUUAGAAGUCAGAAGAUCAGACAAUCGGAGAGUAGUCUGUGUGGACAUCCUUGGGCCUCCUACGGGCACUUAUUUAUCACGUGCAAACCUCAUGCAUACAGCUUUUGCAUACAGUCAGUAAGGAGCCAGAACUCGCAUCUUACUAACGACAAGAGCGUGGCGUAAGGACACUGUACGACAGCAUCACUUAUACGUCAUAAGUGUCGUAAGACAGGCUUCUUCUGAGUUCAUGUUCAAAUCUAGACUUAAAACAUUUCUGUUUAGCCGUGUAUGUGACUAAAAAGUGAAUUUUACGUUGAUUAUUUCUAUGAUGUAUUGUGAUUUUAAUGCAUUUUUCUGUUUUGUGAAGCACCUUGAAUUACUUUGUGUACGAAUUGUGCUAUACAGAUAAACUUGCCUUGCCUUGCCUUGCCAAAGACCUCAACCGAAGACAAAGGAGCUUGAACUACACCUGGGUUAAGGCCUAAUGCUUCUAAAUUUGAGUUUUUAUACAAGUCUAAAUCCAAGUGGUUCCGCUCACUCCAGGACUUGCUUAAUGUUUCCUACGAGUGUUGGUGGAGGAAACCUUUGAGUGUUCAUGUACACAUGUACUAAUGUCUGUUUUCCUUUAAAGCUGCAUGUCUUUUUUUA